AUGGAGAACCCAUCUGAUGACUAUCUUCAAUAUAUACCGCUAUGGGUUCGGAUAAGCAAGAUUCCGGUCAACUACUACACCCAUUCGGCUUUGAUGUCUCUUGGAGGAAUGCUAGGAGAAGUGAAGGUGGUGGCCUUUGAUCCGUCGAAGCCAAUAACUCAACCUUUCAUCAGAGUUCAAGUUCGUUUUAAUGUCGCCAAUCCCUUGAGAAUGGCGAAAGUUCUGAAUAUGGGGGAAGGCAAAACGCACACCAUACACUUUGACAUUCAAAAGUUGCAGAAAAGGUGCUUCACCUGCAAGAGGCUUAACCAUGAGAAGAGUAUAUGCUCAUGGGAGGUGAAGAAAAGACAAGAGAUGGCUCAAAUGAGAAGAGAAAAUAUUAUCACUGAGAAAAGCAAAGUAGUUUCGGUGCUGAAACAGAGUGACCCUCUGUUUGGAGUACUAAAAGAGGAGCAAGUGGCGAUCAAUCCGCUGACAGGGAGACCAAAAAUUGCUAAUGAAGUUCUAGAGGAAAUGAAAAGAUUCCUUAUGGGCGACACAGCUGAAGCAUUGGCAAUCAAAAUUGAUAAGGUGAAGAAAUCUGUUAAAGAAGCUGAGAGGGACCCGAUAGUACAAAGGACGGUCUUAAGGCUGGAAGCAGCGCCGAUCACUACAACAGAGCUCAACAAAGUCAAAGGUCCAGUAUUCGACUUUGGUGAAAAGGAAAUGGAAAGAUGCGACUGA